AUACACAUACACACACAGGUGGUAUAUAACUAUACCAAAAAAGACCUAAAAUUCAAAAUUGUGCCACAUUUGAUUUCGCUUCUGCUUUUCUUGUUCUUCUAGGAAGUUUUAGUUGUUGAAUCGAUCUCAUUUGGGUGUAAUUGAUUAGUGAACUUGGUUGUUGUUCGUAAUUUUUGAAAAAUCGAAGCUCAUAGAUUUUGUAGAGAAUAGCAAUCAUGUUUUUGGUGGAUUGGUUCUAUGGAGUUCUGGCGUCGCUAGGUCUAUGGCAGAAGGAGGCUAAGAUCUUGUUUCUAGGGCUCGAUAAUGCCGGCAAAACCACUUUGCUUCAUAUGUUGAAAGAUGAGAGACUUGUUCAGCAUCAACCAACACAAUAUCCGACAUCUGAAGAGCUGAGUAUUGGUACAAUUAAGUUCAAAGCCUUUGAUUUGGGAGGGCAUCAGAUCGCUCGAAGAGUUUGGAAGGAUUAUUAUGCCAAGGUGGAUGCGGUUGUUUACUUGGUGGAUGCAUAUGAUAGAGAACGAUUUGCGGAAUCAAAGAAAGAACUGGAUGCACUUUUAUCAGACGAAUCAUUGGCAAAUGUACCUUUCUUGAUUUUGGGCAACAAGAUCGACCUGAAUUAUGCUGCAUCUGAAGAAGAAUUGCGUUUCCAUUUGGGUUUGACCGGGUUGACCACCGGGAAAGGUAAGGUGAAUCUUGAAAAUUCGGGUGUUAGGCCAAUGGAGGUGUUUAUGUGUAGCAUUGCGAGGAAGAUGGGGUAUGGAGAUGGGUUUAAGUGGGUGUCUCAGUAUAUCAAGUAGGAAAAAAGAUCGAAAAAUAUGAGUUGUUAACUAGACAAGUUUAUAAUAUAUCUUUUUUUUUUUUUUAAAUAUCGUUUUGGAAAUUUUUUUUUUUGUGGUUUUGGAAUUUUGUUGGAGUUAUUUUGUUUUGAAAAUGGCAUGUUUUAUGUUCUUUUUAUUUUUUUUGGCAAAUGAUGUUUUUAGAAAAAAAAAACACAAUCUUGUCAUAUUAUAUCAAGUUUUGGUUUUAGGUCAUCCCAAACAUAUUAUAAAGUUGUAUUAAGUUUAAGAAUAAAUUGGCUAGAUGAGUAAUGAUGAUUAUAUGUUUCAUUUUCAUUUUCGUUUUGUUUGUUGUUUUUUCUUAAGUGAAUAAAAUAAUGAAU